UCUGGCUCCCCUCUUCCUUCCGCGCCCAGGCCCUUGGGCCGAGCUCCUCCCCCGGCUCGGCCUCUCUCCCCUCCCCAACCCUCCCUCCACCCAGCCAUUCCUCCCUCCCUCCUCCUACUCGUCCUCGGUGAGGCGCUCCUCCAGCAGCCGGGCAGCAUGGCGGCCGUGGAGACACGGGUAUGCGAGACGGACGGCUGCAGCAGCGAGGCCAAGCUCCAGUGUCCCACCUGCAUCAAGCUGGGCAUCCAGGGCUCGUACUUCUGCUCGCAGGAAUGUUUUAAAGGAAGUUGGGCUACUCACAAGUUACUGCAUAAGAAAGCAAAAGAUGAAAAGGCAAAGCGAGAAGUGUCUUCCUGGACUCUUGAAGGUGAUAUUAACACUGACCCAUGGGCAGGUUAUCGAUAUACUGGUAAACUCAGACCACAUUAUCCACUGAUGCCAACAAGGCUAGUGCCAAGUUAUAUUCAAAGACCAGAUUAUGCUGAUCACCCUUUAGGAAUGUCCGAAUCUGAACAGGCUCUUAAAGGUACUUCUCAAAUUAAAUUACUCUCAUCUGAAGAUAUAGAAGGAAUGCGACUUGUAUGUAGGCUGGCUAGAGAAGUGCUGGACAUUGCUGCAGGGAUGAUUAAACCGGGUGUAACUACUGAAGAAAUAGAUCACGCUGUACACUUAGCAUGCAUCGCCAGAAAUUGCUAUCCUUCUCCCUUGAAUUAUUAUAAUUUCCCAAAGUCCUGUUGUACUUCAGUGAAUGAAGUGAUCUGCCAUGGAAUACCAGACAGACGGCCCUUGCAAGAAGGUGAUAUUGUUAACGUGGACAUUACUCUUUAUCGCAAUGGUUAUCAUGGGGACCUGAACGAGACUUUUUUUGUUGGAGAUGUGGAUGAGGGAGCACGGAAACUGGUUCAGACCACGUAUGAGUGCCUGAUGCAAGCCAUCGAUGCAGUGAAACCUGGUGUUCGUUACAGAGAACUGGGCAACAUUAUUCAGAAGCAUGCCCAAGCAAAUGGCUUUUCAGUUGUUCGAAGCUACUGUGGGCAUGGAAUUCACAAGCUUUUUCAUACAGCCCCCAACGUACCCCACUAUGCCAAAAAUAAAGCAGUUGGAGUGAUGAAGGCGGGCCAUGUAUUUACAAUUGAGCCAAUGAUUUGUGAAGGCGGAUGGCAGGAUGAAACCUGGCCAGAUGGUUGGACUGCGGUUACGAGAGACGGGAAGCGGUCGGCUCAGUUCGAGCACACGCUGCUGGUCACGGACACUGGUUGUGAAAUCCUAACCCGGCGACUGGACAGCGCGCGGCCUCACUUCAUGUCCCAAUUUUAAUUUCUCUGGAGAUGGCACAUCUCAGUAAUACCUUCUGGCUGUACUUACACAUUUUAUUGAGAGUACAGAAUGGAAGAGGAAGUUUUUUAUUACUUGUUUUGUUUUUGACUAGAGAUAAGGAAGGACGACAGCAUUUGACGUGUGUCCUCAAGAACUUGUCUUGGGUUUGAAAAAGCCAAGAAGAAUAAAGGAAACAUUUCUGAACUCCUUUCAGUGCUCCCCUGCCCCCUGCAAAAAUGUCUGCACCCAUUUUCUCAUUUGCCCUUUGAGCACUUUUACUUAAACCUGCUUUUAGUUGCUUUUAUCACUGCCACACCUGGGCCAUCAAGAGCUAGCUGCUUUCCAGAGGAAUGUUGAAGGUGAGAAUCCUUGAAACUUUAACAACAUAUGUUGCUUCAGACUUUUUUAUUAUAUAUGUAUGGAAAUAUAUAUGUAUACAUUUUAAAUUCCAUAUAUAUAAUUACUGAACACUAUGUGACCUGGGGUUUGUGUUGAUUCUGCUCGGACAGGAUUAUAUGCUGUCAUAAAUGGACCCAUAGUUUGCAGUGAUUUAAUUCCCAGUUGGGAAUUGGCCUCCCUCCUCCCCCAUGCUAAUUAUUUACGCUUGUAGUUGUGUGUAAGGAAGCACUCAGUCAGUGAGACUUUUCAGUGUAGAUAGACUCUGUGUCAGUGAAUGGAUGUGGCAAAAUUCACUUUGGAAAAACGUCAUUAGGUUGUUUUAAAUCUAGUUAAUGGCAAAAAUAGCCAUGCUCCAAGUAGUAGCUGGCUGUUGCAAAGCAUGAGAAUUUUGUAAUACAUUGUCACUUCAGACCUCUAUUUGGUCGAAAUGGGAGAGAAAAGAUCCCUUUCUUCCACUCUAUUUUAUUUCAAGGGCAUACCUUGGAGAUAUUCAGAGAGGGGUGUAGUCAAAAAUUCCAGUACUGUGUUUAGUUCUGCGGAGUCUACCAGCAGCAUUUGUUGCACUGUAGAAGCUGAUGAGGAAAACCGGUUCUGAAAUCUCUCCAGCAGUGAGUAGAGUACAUUAUUAGGUGGGCUGUUAGAUCCCAACAUUUAGUAAAUCAGGUUGUGAUAAGAAAGGAACUUCUUUGAAGACUAGACUGUUCCCUUACAGUAGGGACGCAGCUCUCCUUGGUGUGCUAAAAACACACUUCACCUUUACAUCGAACCUCAUUAGAAAUGACCUCAGCUGCCCAAUAUCUGUGUUCCUUUAGUUCAGUCCACACGGGAGUGGAUCCAGUGAAGACAGAUCAAGGUCAUUGUCUUAGCGUAUACUUGAUUACUGGGUAUCUGGUGAGUUUCUUGUAAGAUAAUUUGAUACCACUGACAUGCUAUACGAGAACAUCUUUCCCAGAGUGCCUCAGACCUUGAUUGCUUUAAAAGAAUUAUGAUAAUGUUUUCAUUACUUUUAUUAUUUUAAUGAUUUAGUAAAGUGACCGAAUCUGGUAUAGACUUUCGGAGGUAUGUGUGUGAAGUUUUUUAUCAAAUUGUAAUAUUUGUGAAUGGAAUGCCUUGCAAUAUGAAUGUUAAUAUAAUGUCUAAAGGGAGAUUAAAAAAUCUGAGUGAUUA